UGUAUGCCGCGAGGCGUCAACGAGGGUUAACAGUCAAAGCUUUGCGUGUUAUUGGACGGUGAACAGUGUCGCUUCGGAUUCUGGCUUCAUCGCUUCGUCACUACUAAAAGUGAGCCAAACCGGACGUCAACUACAAUCUUAAGUAACCGAGUUCGCUCUACUCCCACUCAACACUACGAGGACAUCAUGAGACGCAAUGCAGGAGCCUGGCUGGCGCCACUCCUGCUGUUGGCCACGCUGGGAGGCGCCUGUGUGCCCACUGACCUGGACAUGAAGCUGCUGAAGGAGGUGACGUCGGGUCCGGUGGCCAACCACGUGAUCUCACCGUUCCUGAUGUCGCUGCUGAUGUCGCAGGUCUGGCUGGGCGCCAGAGGUGCCACCAGAGCCGAGAUGACGCCUGUGCUGGGAAUGUCCGGCCCAAAAGACACAUCGUUCCUCCAUGGCUACCGCUCGGCCUUGGCGGUCCUGUCUGGAGCCAGCAAAGGCGUCACGACGUCAGUAUACAACAGGAUCUAUCGCAAGCACAGCUUCAGUGUGCGCCGCACCUUCAGCGACCUUUUAGCGCGCUACUACGGAGCCGAAGUGGAGGUGCUACCAAGAGACGCCGGGAAGGCCGCUGAGGUCAUCAACAACCAGGCGUCGGCGGCAACGCGCGGACACAUCAAGGACCUGGUUACAAGUGAUGACCUCAGCAACGCUGAACUGGUGCUCUUCAGCGCCGUGUAUUUUAAGGGCACCUGGCUUUAUCGCUUUGACAAGGCCGGACAGAAGCCGUUUUUGACACCGCGCGGCGAUCGGCCGACAAACAUGAUGAAGCUGAAGGCGGAGCUUGGCUACACCAGCCGACCACACUUCGAUGUAGUAUCAUUGCCGUACCAAAACAAAGAUUACAGUUUGCUAGUGCUGCGCCCGCACAGUCGCUCGCUGGUUGCAGUGGCCAGGCUGCAGAAGUCCCUGGACGGCUUGGACGUGUCCCGGUUAUACAGCCAAAUGAGUCAGCAGACAGUCCGUGUACUGAUGCCGCCCUUCAAGAUCGAGCGUCGCUAUGAGCUGCCCGCCCACAUGCGGAGCCUAGGCAUCCGGAGGAUUUUCCAAAGGAAUGCGGAGUUCGGCGGCAUAACGUCGCGAAACAUCUUCGUCAGCAACAUCAUCCACAAGGCGGUAAUGGAAGUGAACGAGAAUGGUACAACGGCAGCGGCGGCUGGAGUGGUCGUUAUCAAAUAUUCGGGGCCCGUGAAAUUCACUGCAGACAGACCAUUUUUCGUCUUCCUCUACCACAAGCGUGAAAAAAUUACCUUGUUUGCUGGAUUGGUGGCUAAUCCUUGAGAGAAUAUCAUGCGCAUUGAGUUCACUCUUGUACGGUAUUCAUCCGCCAUUUUUGUUUUUUUAACCUUCAGCAGAAAGCACUGGUUCUUUUUUCCGUUCAAACCGCGUGUUUCAAUAAUAGCGGGUGUUGGUGCUGGCUUUAGUGAACGCACAGAAAACACGUUGACUUAAAAUAAGCUGCUAAUAAAAGAAGCCCACUGAACGGGUUAUUUGUGUACAAGAAGGCUGGCUCCAUGAAGAUUGAACGUCUCUCGUUCACGCCUGUUUUCAAAAUCAUUCCAGCGGUUCUUGACUCCAUAGUUGCACGCGUAAUCUGCUCUCGCGAAAUAGUCUCCUUCCAGGGGCAGUGAAUGCGCGUCACUAUACUCUUUUGUGGCAGCAAAUGCUCUACCUGCCAUUUGAAUUACAAUAUUUUAUCCUUAUUGGUCUUUUAUCAUCCACGACAUCGGGGAUUAACAUCCUCGAAACACAUUGCCCCAUGAUCCUGUCAUUUGAUAACAAUACUGCGGAUUACGCACCUGCGACGACCAACAACGCACGCACCUGAUAAACGUAUAAUACAAGGUCAGGAUUGGUGGAACAUUCCCUUCCUCGAAGCACAUUUCAUCGAAAUUAGGCUGACCUCUGACCGAUAUCCCGAACAAUUCGAGUGCCUCAUAAAAGGGAGCUCAAACUCCGACAGUGUUUUGUGAUGACGACGUUAAACCGUUCAGUUCAUCCGUUUGUACCCACAAUGCAGGUCUGAUGAAUCAGCAACAGCCCUAACUUAAGGUAAUGUUGCGCACUUGUUGAUAUGAAAGCAGACCCCAGGACUCUGGCUAUACUUUAAGUAGAGAAUACCGCUCUAGACAGCAGAUCUUUUCAAUUUAGCAACUGUGAUCUUGAAUAUGUAUUCUUUGAUUGCGUGAUGGGAAGUUUGUAUGACAUUAAAGGUGUUGCCAAACUGGCCGCACGAAAUGGUCACCCUAGCACUCACCCGUAGUUCUUCAACUCGCCGAGAGAUGGCAGUGGCGGUGCUGGACGUGUUUGCUGGAGUAGACAUUGUUAGGUGCUCCUAUUUUGACCCUCCCUCGUUCUUGUAUAUUUAUCCGCGAGUUUAAUGCGUUUAUUGCAUUCACAUGCCCGGUUAUGACGCUAUUCUUAAGUUUUC